CUUUUUGAUAACGCAAAAAGGAUAGUCAUAUGUGUGUUUCGUUUGCCCGACAAGGACAACAAAUUCCGAAUGACAUUCUGUCAAAAGUCAAAAGCCAUGUGUGUUUGCUGAAAACAAAUUAGUUUUUUCGCUUUCCAGAAUUAAAAAAGCGCCAACAUGGGAAAGAAAACUAAAAUUGGGAAACAGCGCAAGGAUAAGUACUAUCAAUUGGCCAAAGAAACCGGUUUUAGGUCUCGUGCAGCCUUCAAAUUGAUUCAACUCAACCGCAAGUUCGAGUUUUUGCAGAAGUCGCGAGUAUGCAUCGACCUGUGCGCCGCCCCCGGGGGCUGGAUGCAGGUGGCCAAGCAGAACAUGCCCGUUUCGAGCGUCAUCAUUGGGAUUGACUUGUUCCCAAUUAAGCCCAUUCCUGGGUGCAUUUCGCUGACUGAGGACAUUACGACCGAGAAAUGCCGCGUCUCGCUCAAGAAAGAGCUGCAGACGUGGAAAGCCGACGUUGUUUUGCACGAUGGCGCCCCAAAUGUGGGCAAGAAUUGGCUGCAUGAUGCCUAUCAGCAGGCAUGCCUGACGUUGAGCUCUUUGAAACUGGCCAGUGAGUUUUUGAAGAAAGGGGGCUGGUUUAUAACCAAAGUGUUUCGUUCGAAGGAUUACCAUUCGCUGAUUUGGGUUUUGAAGCAGUUUUUUAAAAAAGUGCAUGCCACCAAACCACAAGCUUCGCGUAAUGAAUCGGCGGAAAUUUUCGUCGUUUGUCAACACUACAUCGCACCUGAUAAAAUCGACUCCAAGUUUAUGGACCCGAAAUAUGUUUUUGAGGAGUUGGAAAUUGAGCCUAAAGAGAAAUUGAAUAUUUACCAUCCUGAGAAAAAUAAGAAGAGUAAAGCUGAGGGGUACCCCGAGAAUGAUUGGACUUUGUAUCAUAAGAUUAAAGCAUCAGAUUUUAUUAAACACCCUACAGGGAUCGAACUCCUAGAAGGGGCUUCUGAGAUCGUUUUUGACGUUGAAGAAAUAACAAAUCACGAAAAAACUACAAACGAAAUUAAAGAAUGUUGCAAGGAUAUUAAAGUUUUGGGAAGGAAAGAUUUGAAGAAGCUCUUGGCUUGGAAGAAGGCAUUGAGUGAAGAGUUUUCUGAGAAGAAAAAUGAACCUGUUGAAGAAGAGGUUGAAGAAACUGUGGAGAAAAGUGACGACGAGGAUGAUUUGAAGGACGUCCACCAACAAAUAUUGGAACUUGAAAGUGAAGAGCAGCGCGAAUUGAAGCGAAAAAAGAAAAAAGCUCAAAAGGAGCGCAAAAAGCUGAACGAAAAAUUAAACUUGAAGAUGGUCUUGAAAGGUGAUAGUGGCCCCACAAUGGAAAGUGACGGCAUGUUUGAACUAAAACAAGUAACAAGCACCAAACAGAUGAAGAAAAUUAUUGAUCAAACGCCUGAUACUCUUGCUCAAUCAGACAAUGAAGAAGAUGAAAUCAAAUCAAAAUAUUUGCGUUAUAACAAGGACGAGCAACAUUUGAGUAGUUCAGGAUUGUAUUAUAAAGAUUCAGAUUCUGAGUUGGAAAUGGAAAGCGAGUCUGAGGACGAAGAUGGGAAAAUUAAGGAAGGUCUAGAUUUAAGCGAUAGCGAAAAUAGCGAUGUGGAAGAACAGAAAACUAAAUCGAAAACGAAACCAAAACAUCCUCUCAUAACGGACUUGGACCACAGAAGUAAGGAAGAGAAAAAAGUGCACAAAGCCGAAAUGUGGUUUGAAAGAGACGCUUUUAAGAAUCUAAUAGACGAGAAAGACGAAGACGCUGAUUUGGACCGACUGGUGAGUGAAAUGAAGAAGAAAGGAGCCAAGAUUAUCGGAGAGGAAGAAGAUGCGAAAAACACAGAGUCGGAUAGUGACUACAGUUCGGAUUCAGAUGAUUCCGAAUACGAGGAUUUUGAGAAACUUGCCCCUAAAAAUAACGUAAAGAAGGACGGUUUUGAGAUUGUCCCCGAGGGGCAAAAAGUAGGCAAGAAACGUAAACAUAAAUUAACUGAGAAAGAAUUGGCGUUGGGUACGCUAAUGAUCAACAGCAAAAAAACAAAACGUGACAUAAUUGACGCCGCUUGGAAUCGUUACGCUUUUAAUGAUGACAACUUGCCUGAUUGGUUUGUCAAAGAUGAGGAGAAACAUAUGAGGAAAGAAGCUGCGGUUCCCAAAGAGUUGGUUCAAGAUUACAAGAAGCAUUUGGAGGAGUUGAAUGUGCGUCCGAUUAAAAAAGUGAUCGAAGCCAAGGCAAGGAAGAAGAAGAGGGCGUUGAAGAAGUUGGAAAAAGCAAAAAAGAAGGUUGAGAAUUUAAUGGAUAAUGUUGAUGUGACGGAUCGAGAAAAGGCGCGACAAAUCAAACAGUUGUACAAAAAGGCGAGACAGGAGCCGAAAAAAGAGGUGACUUACGUCGUGGCUAAGAAACACAUGGCUGCUAAAAAAAUGAAGCGGCCGGCUGGAGUAAAAGGGCGUUAUAAAGUGGUGGACGCACGUAUGAAAAAGGAUUUGAAAGCACAAAAGGCCAAGCUAAAAACCCAAGGCAGGAGGAAGAAAAGCAAGGCUAAGAGCAAGUGAUCAUAGAGUUACAUAAUUUCUUGUUUCAAUAAAAUACAUUUUUAUUGGUUU